UUUCUUUGUUACAUUGUGUGUACUCUUGUCCAAGGACUGUCUCGUGACGACAUAUUCUCUAUAUUCCAUCCGCAUUUGCCCUAACCCUCAAUCCAACUACCAAUAAACACACCCAAAACAGAAACAUGCGUGCCACACUCCUCACCACCAUCCUGGCAGGAUCCCUCCCCUUGCUUGCAGCGGCACAGGCCCAGGCCACUGCUACUGCGGGGACAACAACUUCGACCGAGACGAAGUGUGCUGCUCAGAACAUCGUGGAUGAUUGUAAAUCACGAAUGUUGGAACAAGUGAACAGUUGCGAAGUAAACGAUUGGAGAUGCCUGUGUGAACAGCAGGGCAACGUUGUUACAUGCUUCAACAACUGCCCUGGUUCUACACAGAGCACCCCUGAAAGGCAAAAGCAACAAGUCUAUUGCAACGCAGCGAAGGCUCUCCCCUCGUCGUCAACAAAGGUCGCCUCUUCGACCUCUUCGGCGACGGAAACAAAGAAGACCAGCUCCUCUACUACCACCUCGACUAGUACGUCGACGGGUGCUGCUUCUCUUCCUACAGCGGCAUUCGGGACUGUCGAGGGGGGACUGAUGCUGGGUGUUGUACUGGGGGUUCUGGGCCUUUGAUUGCUUCAGCUUUAAGUCGAGGAAUCUAUGAUAAUAUCUAAUAGUAAUCACGUCGAUGCGCAAGUCGCAUUGAUGGAAGGAUAUCUGGUUUAAUGUAUGUCUAUUAGUGUAUGAUUCAAUCAAUGUAAUUAUAAACAUAUUGA